GUCAUUCCACCUAUGUCUCCGGAAGCUGAGUAGUAGUCAAUCAUCGUUUUGAAUUUGAAGUUGUGUCUUUGUUACUUCAUCGUAACCUCACCUGGAGUCUAAAACGAGACAUUUGGACUUUUUCUCUAUUUUUCCAAGAUAUGGGCUCCCCGUUAAGACUACAAUUGAAAUUACUAUGAGCUCUUUGUCGGCCCACCCUUCAACUUCAAGCUCAUCGAGCAGGACUCCUGGAGAGGGUAAUCAGGUGCAACCAAAAGCCCCUCUGCUGCAGAUUCUGCGUGUAGCAGGAGCACAGGAGGAUGUCUUCACACUCAAAGAGGUGAUGCACUACUUGGGUCAGUACAUCAUGGGGAAGCAACUGUAUGAUAAACAGAGGCAGCACAUAGUCCACUGCCAGGAUGAUCCUUUGGGAGAACUGCUGGAAGUUGAAAGCUUCUCAGUGAAAAACCCAAGCCCGGUGUAUGAAAUGCUGAAGAAAAACUUAGUUGUUCUUAAUUGUUCUGACGCUGCAGAGAAUCUUUCAGUGGGCCGUGAGUGUGUAGAGGGAGGAGUGGAAGACCGUGGUCAGGCGUCUGGAGGUGCGGUCAAAGCAGUGGGGGCAGCCAUCAGUGACAGGCCUCUUCUGCAGACCCCCUCCCAGAGACGACCUCGAGAUCCAGAUGACGAGUCCGCCGAAGGCCUGCCGCGCUCUGCCUGCAAACGUCCCAAACUGGACGUCACCCUUGACGAGUGGGACCUCUCCGGUCUGCCUUGGUGGUUUCUGGGUAAUCUUCGUAACAACUAUAGCCGAAGGAGCAAUGGCUCCACUGACAUCCACACAAACCAACUGUCUCAUACACAGGAGGAGGACACAGCCGUUGUGUCGGACACCACUGAAGACCUCUGGUUCCUGACCGAGGGCGAGAGUGAACAAGUGAGCGUGGAAAUGAAAGAAGCCGCGCUGGAAGAAGGAAGCGGAGGUGAAGAAGGUUCACUCGACGAUGAUUUUGGAGGAGGGAAAGAAGAGAAGGCAGAUCGGGAGAUGCAGGAGGAGCUCGAGGAGGACUCGCAGUGUCUGAGUGAUGACACGGACACAGAGAUUUCCACACAGGAUGCCUGGCAGUGCACAGAAUGCAAGAAAUAUAACACACCUCUCCAGCGGUACUGCGUCCGCUGCUGGGCUUUACGUAGAAACUGGUACAAAGAUGUCCCUAGACUCGCUCACUCCCUGUCUGUCCCUGACAUCCCAGCAUGCAGUUCUCUUUCCACCCACAGCGACGAAGACGACAUCGACACAGGCGUCGAUGUCCCCGACUGCAGCAGAACGGUGUCUGAUCCCGUCAUUCUGCCCUCCCACUCCACAGCCGACCGACCCCUGCCCACGGUGGUUAUGGGUAAAGGCAAGGGGCCGCGCCCAUCAGGCGUCCAAAUGCAGCUGUCCCAGGGCGAGAGUCAGGAAAGUUUGGGCAUGGAGGUGGAAAACAUGCGACCGGAGGCGUUGCUGGAGCCCUGCAAGCUAUGUCGAGURCGGCCGCGUAACGGGAACAUCAUCCACGGACGCACGGCUCACCUUCUUACGUGUUUCCCAUGUGCAAAGAGGCUGCAUAAGUUCCACGCUCCUUGUCCAGGGUGUGGAAAGAUUAUUCAGAAAGUCAUUAAGAUAUUCAUCCUUUAAAAAGCACACCUAUUGAUCAGUCAGGAUUGACUUAAGUAAUGCAAAGAUUUAAAACUCAUUGCAGGUAGGAAGCACAAAAAAGCUCAACUUUUUUUUAAUCCUCUUUUUGUGUUAUUUAGAGUUGAGUUACUUUAUAAAGAGUUGCAAAUAAGUUAUUUUUUUGUUUUCAGCAGCUGCAUACUUGUAAAAGCCAAGGUCAGGCCAACAUUGUAAAUAAACUGUUCUGUUUUGCCUGUUGAAAUAAAGGUUAAAUAAAAAAAAAUAAAUAAAAGCUUCCUUCUAAACUAUUACUUUAGCUCUUUUCAGCUUAGUAAACAUCUUGUACAAUAUCUAUAUGGUAGCUGAAAUUUUGUUGCUCUCAAAUAGUUUAAAUCUUAAAAAGUAACUUAUUUGAGAAUCUGCAGCUGAAGUGUUAAACCUGUAGAUUUUCUUCUGGGAAUAGUUUGUGUUGUGUUGACUAUAUUCACUAAACCUGUGCAGCAAAAACAUUCUUAUAUUGCUGGUUUGUGUUAAAAUGUGUUGCAGUUUUUUUUACACCUCAUACUUAAGUUAAAGACUUGUACGUUAUGUAUGUAAUUUAUUUAUGAUGCAGUUUAAAAUGAUAAGAAUCUGCUCUUGUUAUAGAGUUGUAAUGUGUAAUUUUACUGAUAAAAAAUAUACAGGGAGUUUGAUUUAACCGAUUCACUGCCAUAUGACUAAUUUGUAUAUAGUAAAUUUUAUUUUAGUUCUGCAUUUUGUAAUUAUUGUGUCGCUGGACCUUGUUUAUGCUAUUCGCUCUCUAAAAACAAAAAUAUCUUAAUUCUUUCUUGAAAGAUAGUCUACAGAUAAUGGCAAUAGGUUCUUAUUUGGACUUACGAAACAGUUUUUUUCUUCAUCUGCUUUUUUCUUGCGCUAUAUAUUUUUGCCAGCAGAUGGUGAUAUUUCAACCUUGUAAAUGCUGAAACUAUAAUCUCAGUAAUAACCUGUAAUACACUUAAAGCAUGCCUGUUGUCAUGACUAGAGCCUAACUUAGGACUCAUGUGAAAGCUUUAAACAAUGUUAACAAAGUUGAUUUAUAUUUAUCAGCAUCAUUAUGCAUAAAAAUGAUCUUCAACAGGAUGCAGACCUCAUUAAUGGUAAUUAGAGAAGGAACGUCCCUGAAGGUUUACGUUUGGUACAGUUUUUUGGUUACAGUUUUAAUGUUUUGUUUAAGCAAUAAAAGUUUAAAAUCAAA